AUGGUCGAUGCGAGUGUGGGUCUGAGUCAGAAUUUUAAGGACAAAGGGAAAAGCGUGGCUGUGGCACCAGCCCAUGUGGUGGAUUCAGCAGAAGAUGGUGGGUGGAAUGCCAGAGAAUCCAGAGAACUACUAACUUGCAUGGACAAUGAUAUGGAAGGACCAAGCACUAGGGGUUUCGAGUUGUUUUCAACCUCUCCUGUUAGGAGACGGGAGAAAGCUGAUCACUCUGGUGUUAGUAUGAAGGAUGAGAAGUUGGCACUUGAGCCACUUGAUCUUUCGCUUAGCUUGCCUAAUGUUUUAUUACCUAUUGGGGCAGCUCCUGGUUCUCCUGAUCAAGCAAGGAGUGUUCAGUCUUUAAGCACUUUUCGUACUAACUCGGAUGGAUUUACUCAGUCAGUGUCUUUUUCAGGUUCUCAGUCAUUUUAUCACAACCCUAGUUGUUCGCUAACCCAGAACUCGAUGGACUUUGAACAAUCGGUUAAAAGUCGCCCCCUUUUUCAGGGGAUUGAUUGGCAGGCACUGGCUCAGAAUGAGGCUAAGGGUAAAGAAGUUCCUUGGCAGGCACUGUCUCAGAAUGAGGCUAAGAGUAAAGAAGUUCCUUUGUAUCAAAGACUCUUGAUGAAUGGAAAUGGGUCUCAUCAACAGCAGUCUCAAUCAUCACAAGGCGUUCAAAAUGGUCAAUCCGUCCAAGGGCAACAACAUCUUAGACAUCCUGAAGGAAGCUCUAAAAUGGCAAAUGGAUUGGAAAGGCAGCUGAGCUUCCAUAAGCAGUUGACAGGUGGACAAUCAAGGCACCAGGAAGAUGUUAGAUCACCUUCGCAUAGCGUUGGAUCUCAUGAAAUGGGAUCAAAUUAUAGUUUUGACAGGAAACGACUAAUGAGAGAGAAAAGUAGUGGUAGUUUAUAUAGAACUAGCAGCCAGAAGGAACAAGAACAGUUUCUCCUUGGUGGGGCUGAUUUCGUUGAGACAAUCAUUGCCAGGAUCGUCUCUGAUCCAAUACAUGUAAUGGCCAGAAAGUUUCAUGAAAUGACAGGACAAUCUGCAGCAUGUAUGAAGGAGACCAUUCGCGAGAUUAUGUUAAAUAUGGAUAAGCGCAUGCAACUGGUUGCAUUUCAGAAGCACUGCAAAGCAGGUCUGACAUAA